UAUCAGAAUGAGAGAGAGUGCUGGAGUGAGCAUCGUUUCCCAUUCACUGCUGCGGAUCUGCUUUUGUGUACACAUUUCUCUGCUUCCUCAGAAAAUCAGAUGCUACUAUGGGAACUUCUGUGCAGUGGGGUACUGGGCACAAACAAAGAGAACUGAAUGCUGGCUAAGGAAAGUUGUUUAGAAAUGCUGGGGAGAGAACAUGUUCUGUCGUUACCCCUACUGCUGGUACUGCUGUUUCCUAAAUAUAAAAAUGAGAUACUGCAAUGUCCACGAAGUGCAAAUUACCUAGUUGAAGUUUAACCCUUUGCAAGUGCUGCUUUUUUUCUGCUUUUGUUUUCAAGUUUGCCUGACAAGGGGGAGUAAUGUUCCAAAAAUUGUCUGCAUCCUUUAGGUUGCAGUUCUUAUAUCUGGGUGUCAGUGUACAUUGACUUUCAGCAGUGCCACUGACACUAUCAUACUUGUGGCACAGUGAACAAAGAACAAAAAAGCUAGGAACAAAUUCUACAGAAGUCAAAGGAUGGGUUUCAGUGCUAUCAGGCUACUAAGCAGAUCAGCUGCAGUACUAGUGAUAGCUCCUACUGUACUACUGACAAUGCUUUCCUCAGCUGAACGUGGAUGCCCUAAGGGCUGUAGGUGUGAAGGCAAAAUGAUCUACUGUGAAUCACAAAAACUGCUAGAAAUUCCCCAAGGGAUUUCAGGAGGCUGCUUGGGUCUCUCACUACGUUACAACAGCCUGCAAAGCCUCAAAUACAAUCAGUUCAAAGGACUGAACCAGCUUACUUGGUUGUAUCUGGAUCAUAAUCACAUCAGCAAUAUAGAUGAAAAUGCUUUCAAUGGCAUACGAAGAUUGAAAGAGCUGAUACUGAGCUCCAAUAAAAUCAAACAGUUGCUAAAUAACACAUUCCGACCAGUGACUAACCUACGUAACUUGGAUAUCUCCUAUAAUCAGUUAUCUUCACUUGGCACAGAACAAUUCAGAGGCUUAAGGAAACUACAGAGCUUGCACCUGCGAUCCAAUAAUCUCCGAAAUAUCCCAGUUCGGAUAUUCCAGGACUGUCGCAACCUGGAAUUCUUGGACAUGGGUUAUAACCGCAUACGAAGUUUGGCAAGGAAUGUUUUUGCUGGCUUAAUUCGUCUAAAGGAACUACAUCUGGAACAUAAUCAGUUUGGAAAGCUUAACCUAGCUCUAUUUCCACGUCUUGUAAGUCUGCAAUUUCUCUACCUUCAGUGGAAUAAGAUCAGUGUCAUUGGUCAAACUAUGUCCUGGACUUGGAGCUCUUUACAAAAGCUUGACUUGUCUGGCAAUGAGAUUGAAGCAUUUAGUGGACCAAGUGUUUUCCAAUGUGUUCCCAAUUUGCAAACCCUCAAUCUGGAUUCUAACAAGCUCACAUUUAUUGGACAGGAAAUUGUGGAUUCCUGGAUUUCUCUUAGUACCAUAAGUCUGACGGGGAAUAUAUGGGAAUGUAGCCAAAACAUCUGUUCCCUUGUAAACUGGUUGAAAAGUUUUCGAGGGUGGAGGGAGAAUACCAUUAUCUGUGCCAGUCCAAAGGAACUGCAGGGGGUGAAUGUGAUGGAGGCAGUGAAAAAUUACAGCAUAUGCAGCAAAAGUACCUUUGAGAAAUUGGAUACAAGAGUUCCAGUCAAUCCUCCUUUGAAGCCUACCCCCAGCAGGCCAAAACAGGAGACCAAACAUGAGAUUCCUUUUCUGCCUACCCCAAGCAUACCAGAAUCAAGCACUGAUGCUGACCAUGACACAGAGCACAUCUCCUUUCACAAAAUCAUUGCAGGGAGUGUAGCACUCUUCCUUUCUGUACUUGUGAUUCUGUUAGUGAUUUAUGUCUCUUGGAAGCGUUAUCCUGCUAGCAUGAAGCAACUGCAACAGAAGUCUCUGAUGAGAAGGCGCAGAAAAAAGAAAAGGCAGUCACUAAAGCAAAUGACUCCCACUACACAGGAAUACUAUGUUGAUUAUAAGCCUACGAAUACUGAAACCAGUGAGAUGCUGCUGAAUGGAACAGGACCCUGCACAUUUAGCAAAACAGGCUCCAGGGAAUGCGAGAUACCGUUGUCGAUGAAUGUCUCAUCUUUUCUCACCUUCGACCAAUCACCGAUUUCAUUUUGUGGUGUGCAUCAGGAAUUCAUGGCUUCUAAACCCUUUGAAACUGCUAUCCAAGAAGAAUCAAUGGACAUACACAGAGAGAGAGACAUCGAGUUGAGCACAAUAACAAUAGCACGCCCAGGAGAUCGUAUGUAGCAAAAGGAAAUGUAUUUGUGGACAUCAAACGAAUCCUGAAACUACUGUAUUGAUGAGCGUAAAUGGAUUUUUAAAUGACACUUAAAGAGCAAAACACUUUCCACUUCAUGAGACUUUGUUUGGCUAGAGGGGCACGUACCACUAUGUCAGCUGAACUGGAAUUUUUCAGAACUGCUUUGCUGUCCUCUGAUCAGCUGUGCUAUAUUUUUUUUAAGGAAAAAUUCUUUUCUUCCCAACAUCCCAUUAACCUACGUGGUAUGUAAAAAAAAAUCUGUAAAAUAUAAUUGUAUUUUUCAUAAUGAAUACAGUUUGGAUGAAAAAAAAGUAAU